AUGGAUCGCCGAGAAGGUCACAAGCACACGCACAUCCCCUUCCACGUCGCCAUCGACGAGUUCAAGAACGAAAGCCGCUUCGAGGAGGCCCGCAGUCCGCAAAGACUUGACUCGACCGAGUCUUCCUCCACCAUUGCCCAUGGUCGUGUUGCCCUAGACUCCCGGCCUCAGACUCCAGGCUAUCACUCCUGUGAAAGCGACGAGGACAUUGUUCUCAUCGACCGUUCUGAGACCAUCUCGGGCCCCCCUUCUGUUGCCACCGACAAUACUGUAGUCAAUCGAAUGCCGUCCACCGCAUCCCAACCUUCGAUGGUGCUUGGCACUGAGCUGACUUCGGGCAACAUGGUCCUCCACAACCUGAUCCAGCCUCUCGGCACCAUGACCACCUACGAAUGGGUGCAUGGUCGGAGGUGCCCCGGAGACUUGGACGUCAAGGACAUCUCGUCCAAGGAGAGCAUCAAAGUCCGCUGCCACUCCCGCGUUAGUCAAUCGACCGCCGCCAUCGAGGAUGAGUACGGCAUGGUCAACCAUCCCUCCGAGUCGUUCGUCGCAUGCGCCGGUGACUGGGCCGACGUUGCCGCUCUGCCCGCUUCGUUCGACAAGACCCUGCGCAUCUGA